UUCUAACCACGAAUCCAUCACCAUCAAAACCUAAAUUAGUUGAAGAAGGAAAUGAAAAAUGGUGUGGGAUCAAAAAAAAAGGAGAUGACAUUAUUCAAGAAGAAAUACGAAUUCUUUUGAAUACUCCAAUUCUAUUACAAGCAAUCAGAUUCAUUAAGAAUUCUAGUCGUAACUCGUCACGACCAAGUAAUUUAGUAUCUACCCCGCUUUCUUCUACUAUUUCUAAAAAAUAUGAAAUACGUCCUAAUGCUGCUGCUCAAAAAGCUUCAUAUAAAAAAAUUAAAACAGCAAGAAAUAAGAUUACCAAAUUCGAAUCUUUGUACAAUAUAGUUUCAGAUACUAGUAUUAGAAGCGAUCUUGCUAUUAGAAUACAAGAGCAAAAAGAUAUUGUCAGAACCAAUGAUAAAAAAAUCGAAGCACUUAAACGACAUGCAGCAAAUCAAGCCCGGAUAAUAGCUAAAAAACAAAACCAACUUGAAGAAGAAGGUAUUGUUAAACAAUGGGAGAAAUGUGGAAAGUAUUUCCCUACCUUGAAUUUUGUUCAAAAACAUAAACAGUCUCAACAUUCUGCUCGUAAAUCUCAAAAUUCUAAUUCAGCAACACAUGAGUUUAUAUACUCUCAACCCUAUAUGCUUAUAGAGCUAUACGUGUCUAUACAAAUUAAAGAAAAUGAUUUCGAAUAUAGCCUUUCUGAUAGUGAAAUGCUUAGAUAA